GUAUCUUUCUCUUUACACUUUCUUAAUCCAAUUUCCACUCGUCAUUCUCGGAAUCCUCGAAACCGAAAAUUACCAAAAAGCCCUCAGACGGAAUAUUCCGGCGAUGGAAUACCAAACGGACGACGGAAGCUGCUACUAUGCGCCGUCCGCCGGCGACGUGUCGGAUUGGGUUCUCCGGGCGGCGUCGAGCGGCGCCGUCGUCAUAUUCAGCAAGAGCACGUGCUGCAUGUGCCUCGCCGUCAAGAGCCUCCUCUCUAACAUGGGCGUCAACCCCACGGUCUACGAGGUGGACCAGGACCCCAGGGGCAAGGACCUCGAGCGGGCCCUCUCAAGGAUGCUCGGCGGCGGCGCCGCCGUGCCGCUUGUCUUUAUCGGCGGCAAACUUAUCGGCGCUAUGGACAGCGUCGUCGCCGCCCACAUUGGCGGGACCUUGGUCCCGCUCCUCCGCGAGGCAGGGGCGCUUUGGCUCUGAAUUAAUUAAUUAUAAUAUGUAUUAUUAUUUUUAUUAAAAAAAUGAAUUUUGAUAAUGGGGUUUUAAUUUGUGAGUUUUUUUCUUUUUUUUUUGGCAGACUGUAGUUUGUAUUUAAUG